GCCAUCAAGGACAUCAUCCGCCCUCCCCUAAGGGAAAACUUCAAUGAUGUAUAUAUUGUUUAUGAACUGAUGGAUACCGACCUUCAGCAGAUAAUUCGUUCUAAUCAGCAAUUGACAGAUGAUCAUUGCCAGUAUUUUCUUUAUCAGAUUUUACGAGGAUUAAAAUAUGUUCAUUCUGCACAUGUUUUACACCGUGACCUCAAGCCAAGCAAUUUGCUCCUAAAUGCGAACUGUGAUCUUAAGAUAGGAGAUUUUGGCCUUGCCAGGACGACAUCAGAAACCGAUUUCAUGACGGAGUAUGUUGUUACUCGUUGGUAUCGAGCACCUGAACUUCUACUAAAUUGUUCAGAGUAUACUGCUGCUAUUGAUAUUUGGUCAGUGGGGUGCAUACUUGGUGAGAUUGUAACUCGAGAACCUCUAUUUCCAGGCAGAGACUAUGUUCAUCAAUUAAGGUUGAUCACAGAGGUAUGA